AUGAAGCUGGUUUUGGGAGAAGAAAAAGGUGUCAAGCGUGCACACGUGUUGCACGAGGCUCCGUACGAAAACAAGUCCGUCCAAAAAUCGAAGCAGGGCGGGUCCAGGGAGGCUUCACUCAACCACCCCGUUCUUCAUGCUCAGGGAAGAUACCGAGGCGAAGCUCUGCGGGAUCCUGGAAAACAACUUAGAUUACACCUGUUUCAAUACAUCAUGCCGAGCAGUCGCAGCGGCCGUUGUAGCGCCUGCCUUGAAUGGGGACAAGACAUCAGGCACACCAGGGCUAGGACGGGGGAAUUAGUUCGGAGUUUUGUGGACGAGGCUGGUAUCGCAGACAAGUUUCCCGGCUUUCAGUCGAUCGCCGCGGGCACAAACUUGCUCGCAUUGUGUAAACGUGCGGGUUGCCUGCUGGAGCUGUACCAGAAGCAGGAGUGGGCGCGAAGCAGGGAACGCGUAGCGCGGAAGGCUAAACAGAUGCCGCGCCACAGCCGCAUGUGGAGCGCCGCUCCUGAACCUGUCACGCAUGACAAACGCCGGCGGCUUGAUCGGUACUGUACUUUGCCGGAGGCGGUGGAGGUCCUGCAGAAUGCCGUUGCAAUAGCGGGUUGUGUGUUGGACAUGUGCGGCGGACGGACCUGAGGACGCGGUGGCACAGGGGUUUCGGAGCACGUGUAAAGUUCUCACGAACGACGUGAGCUCGAGGCUAUCGGCAGGUACCAACCUCGACGCGAGCUUGCUUUCUUUUCGGGAUAAUUUCCGCAAAGCAAACCCCGGAAAGCAACCUGACUGGGUCGUCACAAGCCCUCCAUACAAGGGUGCUGUGGGGUUUGUCAAGGCGGCUUUGGCAGUAGCGACGAAAGGCGUGGCGCUCAAACUGCCUCUGUCUUUCCUUGAACCCUGUGCCGAUCGUGGUGGUUGGCUUGUAGGCAACCCCCCAGCUGUAUGCAUUUUUUUACGGAGAGCCAAGUACACGCAUGCUCACCAUGUCAAGGUCGGAGAAUUUUGGGGGGUGUGGUAUACCGAUGGAGGCUGCUGCGGCAAAAGCGGGGGUUCGAGGCUUGUGUUCUGCCCUGAAUAGAAGUGCUGGGCGGUGGUGCUGGUUGAAUGAAGAAGGGGCUACGCCUGAGUUCCGUGCCGCCGAAAGCUCCUGCUUGUGGCCCACAAAAGAAAACUUCGAAGAUGGGUUAGGGUUAAUUCAGAACCGCCACCG